CUCGGCAAUUAAGAGUAGCAGUAAAUGGCUUUAUGGAUCAUCUAAUACUUUGCACUGACACAAUUGCUAAAUUCGGGCCUCCCUCAGGAGAUAGUUAUAGUCAUUAUUGAGUGAAGUAACUUCCCCUUCAAUCAGAAUGCCAGAACAUACACCAUCUCCAUCACCAAGUCGUGCAGUGUAUGGAUUUGUCUUGUACUUGGGGUCCUGUUCUGCACUUGGUCUUUACUUUGUGUGGGCCAUAUUACCAGACGCUAUCUUGCAUUCUUUAGGUCUGACUUACUGGCCUAUGAAAUCAUGGGCUGUUACCUUACCAAUUUAUGGUUGUGUUCUAUUAGCUUUGUUUGCCUUUUUGUUUUAUCCUGGCCUUAAUUUCAUGAUUGUUCCACCUGUUACUGAUAUGCGAACUAUUACUGACAACCAUUCGAUACCUUUAGACGAGACAAUGGUUUCUGAAAUACCUCCUGCGUCAGACUUGUCAUUGGCAGAAGUUUGUCAUCACUUAUACCUUGAUAGGAAAUUAUAAUUUUUACUGUAAGGUGAAAAAUUCAUUGAAUACCAUUUCAUGCCGCAUGUUAAGCUGAAACUGUGGCACUUACUUUCACUUCAAGUACAUCUCCCAGUGAUCUUUUCCUGUUUACUAUAAGAACUAUAGAAUUUUUUCUGAUGCCCAUAAACUUCAAUGAGGUCAAAAAUUUGUACAGUAUGCAAUGUGUUUUAUUGCUAGUUUAAGAAUAUAAAACAAAAAUAAAAUUGAUGAACACUUAAAA